GAUGUCGGGGGUGUGGGUGUUCAAGAACGGGGUGGUGCGGCUGGUGGAGAAGCAGCAGCAGCAGGGGGCGGGGGCGGCGGCGGGGGGGCGGAGGAAGGCGCUGGUGCACACGCCGAGCGGGCAGGUGGUGGCGUCGUACGCGGCGCUGGAGGCGAGGCUGGCGGCGCUGGGGUGGGAGCGCUACUACGAGGACCCGGCGCUCUUCCAGUUCCACAAGCGCGGCUCCCUCGACCUCAUCUCCCUCCCCGCCGACUUCGCCGCCUUCUCCUCCGUCCACAUGUACGACAUCGUCGUCAAGAACCGCGACUCCUUCCGCGUCGUCGACGCCUAGCUCCACCUCCAUCUCCAUCAUCUCUCGUCGGCCGCGUGUUCGCGUGCGGUCUCCAUCGAUCCUCGCGUCGUCUUUGUGUUCGUGUUCAUGUCCUGCUACUCUUUCUGAUCGAUUUGCUUCAUCUUCUUGUGGUGUUAACUAGAGAGAGAGAGUGUGUGUGUGUGUGUGUUUGUGUUAAUGUUUGUCACUUUGAUCGAUGUGUGCAUUUGUGUUCAUAUACAUAUGUACUAGCUUGCGUUUGCUGAUGCAUAUGUCUUUAAUUAUGUGUCAGUCUUGUCUAGCUAGGUAGUAUAAUAUACUAUAUGUUUAUACCUGAUCGAUGUGUGUAAUGUACGUAUUUUGUUUGCUUAAUUAAUCCCUGUUUCACCCUGGUAUGCAAGCUUCUUGAAUCGAGUAAUGUG